UUCGAAGGCAAAAAUACAGAAAGAACCUGCCAGAUUCUGUUGCAGCAAAAUCAUCAACGUGGUUCUCGUAAUUCUAGGCUCUACCUUAGUCACCAUGACUCCUACGAUUCUCAUUGCCGGUGCGACAGGCAACACUGGUCGAAGUGUUGUCGAGACUCUCUCCCAAUUUGUGAGCAACAGCGAUGCUCCGCCUAAUAUCCGUAUCCUGGCCCUUACACGCUCCAUUGACUCCUCAACCGCCCAACGCCUUGCGAGCCUCCCUAACAUCACAUUCGCUGAAAAGAAUUGGGUCGACAUCGACGCUUUAUGGUUACACGAACAGAAAGUAUUCAAAGCUUUUAUCGCAUCUCACAGCAGCCCAAAUCAAUUUGCCGAAGAAUCGGCUUUCCACCUGGCGGCGCUAAAGGCCGGCGUGCAGUACGUCGUACGUAUCUCCACAACGGCUCCUAACGUCCGUCCGGAUUCCGAUGCCUACUAUCCGCGAGCUCAUUGGGCCAUCGAGACUAUGUUGGGUUCACCUGAAUUCAAAGAACUCAAGUGGACAUCCCUACAGCCGAACAUAUUCUUCUCCCUGCAUCUGUACGGUGCGGUCGAGUUUGUCAAAGAAUACCGUCAAACAAAAAAGCAAGGGACCCUUAGACUUAUCGCCGACAAGGACGCACCAGUGGGCACUAUUGAUGCUGACGAUGUCGGCACCUUUGCUGCGCAUCUGCUGUGGGACCAAGACCCUUCUCGGCACAACGGGAAAAAGUACAUUCUGAACGGGCCCACCGAUGUGACUGGGCGACAAAUUGUUCAAUGGGUGGAGGAGGCUAUCGGCGCCCCCGUGGAGAGCGUUCAAUUCAGGGAUGUGUCUCUCGUGGACGAUAUGGCGUCGGCAACGAAAGAGUCCAAGAAUGUUAUCCUUUCAAUCAAGGCUGCUCCCGUCUCUCUGUGGGAAGGCAAAUGCCCGGCCUCGACCACUAGCAAGGAAGUCAUUGAAAUACUUGCGCCCAGCCGUUCGGUUGUCGAUGGGUGGAAAGCUCUUCUGUCCGCAAUUUAGGAUGACUUGGAAAGGCACAAAAUCCGCUGUGUAAAUGGCUUGAGUUUUCGAUUACCAUUUACACCUGAGUCAAAAAGCUGAAUAGGUAGAUUGUUUGCAUCGUCUCUCAUAGCUGGAGCCAAAGUUUUUAGACUGAUUCACCUACUAUAGUAACAUGAAGGUCGUUAUUGGCAUGCGUCCUAAACCUAGUUGCUCUCCCAUUAAGAUAGUCCGCUCUGCGCUUAAGAAUUGAAAGAGGCAUAUGAGCGGGGAAGCAGUCCAAGUCAGAUCCUUAGAGCAAGAUUACCACAUCGAUACCUGGCCCGCACCAUUAACUGUCACGUCAUGGUUCGCAAAUACGGG